AUACUCAUUGCGGGAAGUUUAGUGUAUUUAUUUGUUGGUAAUAAAUCAAAAUAUUUUAUUUAAAAUGCAUAAAACGAAGAAAAAAGUAAAGACGGGCAAAAUACCCAAACCGAUCAAAAUUAAAAAAGAAAAAACCGAAGAAGAUCGCUCUCUUCAUCCAAUGUCGCACUACAUAGAUGAUCGACUUGAAUUGGUCAAACAAGUCUUUGGCUCACUUAAACCAAAAACUAUUACAAACUUGGCUCCGGAUUUUCUCAAGAGCAAAGGUAUGGAUGAAAUUGAAGAGCACUGUUUGAACGAAUUGCUGGGUAUAUCUACAAAACGAUUACUGUCCAUAAUAAAUGCCACAAAAUGUCCAACAGACACAGAGUCAUCCGGCGAUUCCGAUGUCGAGCACCAAGAAGAACACAUCUCACUUGAGGAGAUCUCUUCAGACAGUGAAAUAGAAGGUGCAUCCUCCAAUGCAAAAAAGAAAAAGGCCAGCGGAUCUGAUAGUAAAACUGGUGUCAAAAAACCCACAAAAAGUUCAACCGAAAAAGAUGAAAAUAAUGGACAGAUAAGUGUAUUGGAGCUACUAGAACUGCAAGCACGUGCGCGUGCAAUUCGCUCCCAACUGGCACUCGAGCCAGUGACAAAGAUUGAAGUAGACUCGGAUGCUGAGAAUAUUGAGAAAAAAAACAACCAAAACUCCUCUAGCGGAGCAGUGUCUAAAGAGCAUAAACACAAACGCCGGCGCAAAUCCAGCGAGAAAAGUAAAGAGAUAGAAAAGACGCAACCAUCCUCCACCUCGCAAGGACGCCUGCAAGUUACUGCGAAAGUAAGUAAAGGGAUUUCCAGCUCUGCUGCUGGCACGUCCAGAACUUCCAAUGCGAAAGCAAAGGUUAAAGAAAAUGAGCCCCAGACAACUAGCCCAAAUAAGUUGAAGAGAAAUUAUCGCUCUAAGAAUAAUGGAUCAGAUUCUGUUAUUAGCGAAACUCAAAAUAAAUCUAAAACCAAUGAGACGGAUGCCGCCUCAUUGGUGAGCACGACAAAAGAGGUGAAAAAAGAGACGAAGUCCCGUUCGCCAACACCAGAUGUUAUACCAAUAAUACCGGAACCUGAAACGUUGCUAAUCAGUGAUAGCUCCGACGGAGAGCAUGAUCAUAAGGGGAAAAAGAAAACCAUGCAAUCUGAAUCUAUGAAUAAGAAAGAAGAUACCGGUAAGAAAGACUGUACCCCGAAAUCUCCUGAAACCGAAAAACCUUCAAGACAACGUAAGAUAACUGAACCAGAGGAAGGCGAAUUAGUCGACAAUCCAGUUGAAAAUGACGAAGAAAAAGGCGAUAAUGAAAUGAAUAUCGGUGUGUCAUCUACCACUACUGCACCCACUGAUAAUAUAAAGCCAAGCAUGAUCCCGAAAGAAAUUGUUGGUACCGAGGAUGGCACUGUGGAAACUAGUAAGCCAGACAACAAUAGAGCCGUGGAAGUUGAAAAAAUGCCUCAAGAAGAUCCAUUAACAGCUACAACUGAUCCAGCAGCUGCAUCAUCGGCUACCGUAUUGCCAAAAGCAGAGGCCGCAAACAUGGGACUCAAUCUCGAAGAUGAGGACGAUAGAAAUGAUGAUGUCAUAUCACUUGAAGGUGGUGAUCUUGAGGAGGAAAUGAUUGAACAUCUGGAAGAAGAUACAAACACAAAAUCGUCAUUUGCGACUUCACCCAAAAGGAAAAAAAAUAAUGUCAGCGAGGAGCCAGAUGCAGAUGUCAUAUCGUUGGAUUCUAGUGAGGAAGAAGAACGUGACAAAAAGAGUUCAGAGUCAUGGCAUUCGCGCUAUUUGAAGAGUUCGAAAGUGAGUAAAGUUUUGGCGACCUCUCGUCUAGGCAAACGUGUACGUGAUAAUAUCCAGAAGUCCAAACGCUCCAAAAAAGAUUCGGAACGCGAAAAAGUGUCUGAGGUAAAGGAGAAAUCGAGUACAAGUUUCGCUUCCAAACACGAAGAUGGCUCUAUUGAGCAAUACAAAGAGUUGCUGGCAAUGCGGCAGCGUAAAAAACAGUAAUAGGUGCCUAGAAUAGAAAAUGUAGAAAUAGAACAUAUACAGUGGCGAGCACAGCUGAGUGCAUGAUACUUUUUUUGAAAUUUACAAUGUUACUCGAGCUAGAAUUUUUUUAUUUAUUUGGUUUGUAAUUACUGUUCAUUUUGCCAAAACUAUAUAAAUGAAACCAAGGCGAAUCUAUUAAAGGUAGUGUUGGUAAAUCAGCUGAUUUGCUUUUUUUUCUUUCGCCGUGUCCAUGUGGUUGUCAACUCAGAAUGAAACAAGGCGAAUUCAUUAUUUGUUUUCUAGUUUCCCAAUACUUUCCUUUGACAAUCAAACGUACAGAACAUUGUAGUUGGUGCCACAACCUUUAAUGAAUGCGCCUUGAAUGAAACUAUAUAAAUGAAAAGCGAAAUUUAGAAAAAGUUUCAAAUCUCUAUCUAAAUUUUGAAAUCUGGACCUUACCCAGCAACAGCUCAUGAAAUUUUAGUAAAAUAAGUGCAAUUUUAAGCGGCUAAAAUAUCGCUGAAAUUUUUCAUAAUA